AUGUCGAAAGCUGUCAGUAAGCGGUCCAAGUUCGCCGAGCUUCGAGCUCUCCGCGAGUCCGGCAAGAAGAGAUUCGACACAUACGAGGUCGAAGAGGUCGCCAACCUGUACGAGGAGGUCGAUGAGAACCAGUACAAGAAAAUCGUUCGGGACCGUCUAAACGAAGAUGACUUCGUGGUCGACGAUAACGGCGAGGGCUAUGCCGACGACGGCCGGGAAGAGUGGGAUCGCGUCCCGGUCUACGACGAUACAGAGAGCGAGAACGAGACGACGGUGCGUGGCAAGGGCCGUAAAGGCUCCAAGAAAGCCCGCCAGGAGGAGCAAGACAAGAAGGACGCCAACGACCAGGAUAUCGCCGAGUUCUUCACUAGAGGCGCCACCAAGGCGCAACCAAAGGUCAAGGUUGCAAAAACCGAGGCCGACGACACCUUCUUAGCAGACCUGCUCACAGAAGUCGAUACCAAUGUCACGGCCCCUAUUCCGAGGCCCGACAAGAGGAAGAACACAGAACGGCGGAAGGCCCGUGAACUGUCACCGGCCCCAGAGGCCAGACAGCGUGCUGUAAAGAAGGUCAAAAUCGUCGAUGACAGGGCGCCCCCUACCCCAAUUGCAGACGACAACUAUGUCGACGACAGCGGCUUCAAUCCAGUCGAUGACGACAUCCCGGCACAAGACGUUCCCAUGAGUGAUCCGAUUCCAUCCUCGCCUACUGCCAAGGCUGCAGAACGCAAGGUCCUCCCUAAGAUUAAGGUUGAAGAGGAGGAAGAUGAAGACAUGAUGGAGGUGGCACAUGCUGGCGCUAUCACUACCACAAGUGUCAACCUGUCGGCCUCUCGUCCAGUCAAGAAACUAGUCAAGGCCGAACCCUAUCCCUCUCCUGAGAGAUCUUCACCCAUUAAACAGGCAGAGGAAACUGUCGACGCGUCCUCCUGGAACGAGCUCAACUCAAGACUCAACGUCGUCAGCGGCUCGCAAGAGGUGCGCAGUGUCGGCAAGAUCGACUACAAGGACGCCAUUGAGGAUGACGGGAGCCUCAACUUCUUCUGGACCGACUACACCGAGGUCAAUGGCAGCUUGUGUCUGUUUGGCAAGGUCCUCAAUAAGAAGACGAAGCACUAUGUCAGCUCAUUUGUCAAGGUUGACAACAUUCUAAGAAAGCUCUAUUUCCUCCCCAGGAAACACCGCCUACAAAAUGGCGAGGCGACUUCAGAUGAAGUCGGCAUGAUGGACGUCUAUCAGGAAGUUGAUGCUAUCAUGACCAAGAUGAAUGUCAACAUGCACAAGAUCAAGGCUUGCAACCGCAAAUAUGCCUUCGAGCUUCCUGAUGUUCCCAAGGAGGGACAAUACCUGAAAUUGUUCUACCCAUACUCCAAACCUCAAAUCGACACAUCUCGACCUGGUGAGACUUUCUCGCAUGUCUUUGGGGCCAACACUGCCCUUUUUGAGCAAUUCGUCCUGUGGAAAAACAUCAUGGGACCUUGCUGGCUCAAGAUCCAGGACGCCGAUUUCGGUGCUGUCAAGAACGCUUCUCACUGUAAGCUUGAGCUGCUUGCGGACCAUCCAAACAUGAUCUCUGUCCUGAGCGAUGGUGACAACCUCGAUGCUCCUCCCCUGAACCUGAUGAGUGUCUCGCUGCGGACGACCUUCAACGCCAAGGACAACAAGCAAGAGCUCCUUGGUAUCAGUGCCCGAAUCUACGAGGGCGUGUCUCUCAGUGACACUACCCCAGCCGACAAGCUCCCCUGCCGAACCUUCACAGUCAUUCGGCCCAACGGAGCCGCCUUCCCGAUCGGGUUCGAGUCCCUGACCAAGGAUAGAAAGCGAGUCAAGGGUCUAGUAAAGACGGUCAAGUCUGAGAUGGAGAUCCUGACCUUCUUCCUUGCGCAAGUGGAUGUCGCAGAUCCAGAUGUAAUCCUCGGCCACCAACUUGAAGGUGUCGACUACAGUAUUCUACUGAAUCGUCUGCACGAGAAGAAGGUCCAUCAGUGGUCCCGGCUUGGAAGGCUGCGACGUUCUCAAUGGCCUUCUUCUAUGGGUAAGGUUGGUGGCAACGUUUUCGCCGAGCGCCAGAUCAUCUCUGGCCGACUUCUCUGUGAUCUUGCCAACGACGCGGGUCGCUCAGUCAUGUUCAAGUGCCAGUCGUGGACACUCACGGAGAUGUGCGGUCUCUACCUCGGAGGCGAGAGCAAGCGCCGAGAGAUUGACAACGAGGUUGCUUUGAAGACCUGGGCGACGUCCAAGGAUGGCCUUAUGGACUAUGUCACACACAUGGAAGCCGAUACCUACUUCAUCGCCGCUCUGGCCCUGCAGGUCCAAAUCCUUCCCUUGACCAAGGUGUUGACGAACUUGGCUGGAAACUCAUGGGCGAGGACCUUGACAGGUACUCGCGCCGAGCGGAACGAGUACAUUCUGCUUCAUGAGUUCCACCGGAACAAGUACAUUUGCCCCGACAAGCAGUCCUUCCGUAGCAGGGCUCGGAUCGAGGAAGAACACAACGAAGAUGGUGCGGCUGAAGGCAAGAAAAAGGACAAGUACAAGGGCGGUCUCGUUUUCGAGCCCGAGAAGGGUCUCUACGACAAGUUCGUCCUCGUCAUGGACUUCAACUCCCUGUAUCCAUCCAUCAUUCAAGAGUUCAACAUUUGCUUCACAACUGUUGACCGAUCAUCAUUGUCCGAGGAUGAGGAUGCAGUGCCCGAGGUCCCUGUAGACCAGGACCAGGGGAUCCUGCCCAGGCUGAUUGCCACCCUUGUCAGCAGGAGAAGACAAGUCAAGAGCCUGAUGAAGGACAAGACUGCCACUCCGGAACAGCUCGCUACUUGGGACAUCAAGCAACUUGCUCUGAAGCUUACCGCCAACUCUAUGUACGGAUGUUUGGGUUAUGACAAGUCGCGUUUCUACGCGCGGCCCCUAGCCGUUCUCACCACCUACAAGGGUCGUGAGAUUCUGCGGAGCACCAAGGAGCUGGCUGAGAGCCGCUCCCUGCAGGUCAUCUACGGUGACACCGAUUCCGUCAUGAUCAACGCCAACGUGGACAAUGUCGCCGACGCGCUCAAGGUCGGCAACGAGUUCAAGAAGGCCGUCAAUGAGCGGUAUAGACUGCUCGAGAUCGACAUUGACAACGUCUUCCGCCGCAUUCUGCUGCAGGCCAAGAAGAAGUAUGCCGCCAUCAACCUCGUCGAGGUCAACGGCAAGUUUGUCGAGAAGAUGGAGGUCAAGGGUCUCGACAUGAAGCGCCGCGAGUACUGCGCCCUGUCCAAGGAGGUCUCGUCCCGCAUCCUUAACGAGAUCCUGUCGGGCGAUGAGACCGAGGUCUCCGUCGUCCGCAUCCACGAGUACCUCCGUGAGAUCGCCGGCAAGAUGCGCGAGAUGGCCGUCCCGGCGCAAAAGUACAUCAUCUUCACCCAGCUGGGCAAGGCACCCAAGGAGUACCCCAACGCCGACUCGAUGCCCCAGGUGCAGGUGGCCCUGCGCGCGCUGAGCCGCGGCAAGACGGUCCGCAAGGGCGACGUCGUCUCGUACAUCAUCACGGGCGACAGCAAGUCCUCGGAGCCGGCGCCCAAGCGCGCCUACGCGCCCGGAGACGUCAUGAAGGCCGACUCUGGCCUCGCCCCGGACGUCGAGUGGUACCUCGGCAAGCAGAUCUUCCCGCCCGUCGAGCGCCUCUGCGCCAACAUUGACGGCACCUCGACGCCGCAGCUCGCCGAGAACCUCGGCCUCGACAUCCGGCGGUACCAGGCGUCGUCGUCGUCGUCGUCGCACAAUGCCGGCGCAAACGACCUCGAGAUCCACCCGCUCGAGUCGCAGAUCCCCGACGACGUGCGCUUCCGCGACUGCGAGCGCCUCGUCCUGCGCUGCCGCGCCUGCAAGGCCGAGGCCCCCUUCGAGGGCCUCCUGGCCUCGGCGGCCCGCGUCUCGGCCUCGGGCGUCUCGUGCCCGUCGUGCUCGGCCGUCCUGGCCCCGCUCUCGGUCGUCGCGCAGGUCGAGCGCGCCGCCCGCCGCGCCGCGGCGCGCUACUACGAGGGCUGGCUCGCCUGCGACGACUGCGGCACGCGCACGCGCCAGGUCAGCGUCUACGGCUCGCGCUGCCUCGGGCCCCGGGGCCUCGCGCGCGACUGCAAGGGCCGCAUGCGCUACGAGGUCGGCGAGCGCGACGUCUACAACCAGCUCGUCUACCUCGCCAGCCUGUGGGACGUGGACCGCGCCAAGGCCCGCGCCGCCGCGACCGAUGCCGCCGCCGCUGGCGGCGAGCAGGUCGACAAGGAGAGGGUGCUGGCGCUGGCCGAGCACAACCGCGUGCGCUUCGGCACCGUCAAGGCCGUUGUGGACCGGUACCUCGACAAGUGCGGCCGGCAGUGGGUGGCCAUGGACAACCUGUUUGCCAAGCUUGGCUUCGCUGCCGCUUGA